CCAAGCUCCACCUUCCCCAUAGCUGCAGCCGCGGCAGAUCGAGAUCAGCACAGUAGCUGACCUCAUUCGCUUGCUCGUCUCCAAGCUCCAGCUGAGCACGCAAAGAUCACGAGCCAGCUCGAGCAUGGAGGAGAAGGCGGCGGAGACGGUGCCGGCCCCGGCGGUUGCGGUUGCCGCCGCGGGGGAUCUGGACGUGACCUACUGCAGCGAGCACCCCUACCCGCCCGGCGCGGCGGCGGCGGCCGGCAUGGCCGUGGGCAGCGGCAUCUGCGCCUUCUGCCUGCAGGAGAAGCUCGGCAUGCUGGUCUCCUCCUCCAAGUCCAGCCCCUUCCACCCGCCACCUUCCUCCGUCACCCCGACCACCCCUCCCUCCACCAACAUGCCCGCCUCCGACCCGCCCCACCCUCCCGCCGCGGCUGUCCCGCCGCAGAAGGCCAAGUCCUCCUCCUCGUCCGCCACCACGGUCGCGAGCGGGCUCCGGAGGAGCAAGUCCGUGGCACCGCGGCCGGACGAGCCGCCGCUGUCCGCCGCCGGGGUCGCCGCCGACAGCCCCCGCAAGAAGAGCUUCUGGUCCUUCCUCUACCCCUCCUCCGGCGCCCACCGCACCGCGUCCUCCUCCUCCUCGUCUCUGCCCGGGGCCGACGGCGCCGCGUCGGCGAGGAGGAAGUCCGUGUCGGUGGCGUCCUCCGCGGCGUCGGCGUCGAUGGGGCGCAGGCUGGAGGCCAUCGAGGAGCCCGAGAGCCCCGGCCGCCGCAGCGAGGGCUCCUCCUCCUCCUCCUUCGGCCGCAAGGUGGCGCGCUCCCGCUCCGUCGGCUGCGGCAGCCGCAGCUUCUCCGGCGACUUCCUCGAGCGCCUCUCCACCGGCUUCGGCGACUGCGCGCUCCGCCGCGUCGAGUCCCACCGCGAGCCCAAGCCCAAGGGGAGCGCUCCGGCCCACCUGGGUGACGGAGACGAUGACUACGAGCAGCACAAGAUCAAGUGCGCCGGCUUCUUCGGCGGGCUCGGCGCCGCGCCGCCGCCAUCGUCCUCCUACUGGCUCUCCGCGCCCGGCAACGGCGGGAGCGGCGCUGGCGCCGGCGCAGGCGGCAGCGGGAAGGCGCCUGGCGCGCGGGGCCACCGGAGCUGGGCGUGGGCGCUCGCGAGCCCCAUGCGGGCGCUCAGGCCGACCAGCUCCACGUCCAGCAAGUCCAUCAUGUCCGCGCACCACAACCGCGCCGCCGGCGGCGGCAACAACAUGCCGACGGUCGGUGGAUCAGCGGUGGCGACGAGCUAG